AUGACACUACACGAUGAGAGCUCUCAGGAGCCAGAGCAGCUUCCUCGGGAGACCUGGGCCUUUCUCCCCAGCCUCCCUCUGUUCUCAGGGCCGACCGUUCCAACCCUUGUACGCCGGUUUUUUAUCCAUUCUCCUUCCACCAUCCUCAAGCUCGGCACUGACGAUGGCGAAGGCAACAUGACCGCGCUCGCCCAUUCCAUCCUGGGCCCCUGUGUUCCACGCGUCGUUCGCGUCGUCACGCUUCCGACAAUAACCUCCGACGCCUCGACGCCCAACCGCGCCCAACAGGGCCUCAUCCUCACUCACCUGCCGGGCACGCCGCUAGUCGAGCUCUGGCCCUCACUCACCCCUCCGCAGCGCCAGACCGUCAAGGCGGAGCUCUGCCGUCUCCUCGUGCGCAUGCGUGCGCACCACUUCUCCUACUACGGCCGGCCCACGCGGCAGCCGUAUCUCCUCUUCUCCGAAUUCGGCGUAGAGAAGCAUCCAUGUUGCGCCUCCCGCUCAGAGUGGGACGACUCGCGCGUCCACGCGUUGCAGGCCUCUGCCCCGGACACGGAACGUGCAGUCGCCCUCGAGCGAGUACAGCGUGGCACCACCGGCGUAGGUGAUUGGGACCGUCCUGUCCUCUCGCAUGGGGACUUAUCUGACCGGAACAUCCUCGUGGACCCCUACACGCUCGCGGUGACGGGUUUCCUGGACUGGGAGAUGGCCAACAUCAUGCCCGCGUACUUUGAGUACGUCGAGGCACGGCUGUCUGGGGGCCAUCAACCUGAGUGGAGGAGAGAACUGUUAGAUGUGCUAAGGUCUGUUCUGCGCCGCGAGUGCGAUGCUAGGCGCCGGGAAGACCUAGGUGCUGUUAAUGUCGAUGAAGGAGAGGAAAGAUAUAGGAAGACGUUGGCGGCGUGGGAUGCUGUUGUCGAUGUUGAGAGAAUCGCGCAGGGAUACGACGAUAACUGCGAAUGGACUUUUCAAACCGGCCUACCAGAUGUUUCAUAA